AAGAAAAGCAAGUUUGGGGUUUGAAGUUGAGGUCAAAGUUUGGUGGAACGGCAAUUGAGCUGAAAUUGAGAGUUGUUCUAUGGCCAACAAUUAUGGAGGAUUACUGCGACGUUUCGCUCAUGAUCAUCGUAAUUUGCACUCGCAUGGGAGCGCGUGUGUGGGGGCGUGGUGUUUGGAUUUUUGAGCUUAAAUUAGAGCUGACAAGAACGUGACGAAAAGAGGCAGAAAAAGUAAAUCGGAUUGGAGUGAGGGGGGAAAGAAAAGGAGGAAAACAGUGCGGCGGAGUGGAGCUCGAGAAGUUUUUCUUUGCUUUCUUUGCUGUGAUUUGCUUAAAUUCUGGGGCUGUUGCAGUAGCAUUCUUUUUUCUGGACGUAAUUGAUUGAUUAUCUCUACUUCAUCCUGCUUGAGAUUUGGGGGAAGUUGUGGUGGGUUGAUGUGGAUGAUGAAGUGAUGAGUUCAUGCGGGAACACGAUGAAAUUGGAGGCUUUGCCUAAGGGGUUCAGAUUCCGGCCGACGGACGAGGAGCUUGUCAACCAUUAUUUGAGGCUGAAGAUUAACGGCCGUCAUUCGGCGGUUGAAGUCAUCCCGGAGGUUGAUGUCUGUAAAUGGGAGCCAUGGGAUCUCCCUGCACUCUCUGUGAUAAAGUCGGAUGACCGGGAAUGGUUUUUCUUCUGCCCCCGUGAUAAAAAAUAUCCAAAUGGGCAUCGCUCUAAUCGGGCCACGGAAGCUGGUUACUGGAAAGCCACAGGCAAGGAUCGUACUAUAAAAUCUCGCAAAUCAUCAUCUUCUGGUUGGGCUAAUCCCCACUUAAUUGGCAUGAAGAAGACAUUAGUUUUUUACAAGGGUCGUGCUCCUAAGGGUGAGCGUACGAACUGGAUAAUGCAUGAGUAUCGUGCAACUGAGCAAGAUCUUGAUGGUACUGCCCCAGGACAGGGAGAUUAUGUCCUAUGUCGCUUGUUCCACAAGGCAGAUGAGAAGUUAUACAAUUCGAAUUAUGAUGAAGUUGAACGUUCUGGAUCGUUUCCUUCUACUAACAAAUCAUCUCCAGAUGACAUAUCGUCAGAUUUGUUUCGAGAACCUCCAAUGCUCGAUACGCAAGUUCUAAGGGAACCGGAGGACAUAAAGAAGUGGUGGGCAGAUCAGAGUGACUGUAUGACUCCUACUAACCUAGCACCUGUUGAAAGCUGUGCAUCUGAUGGAGUCAAUCACUCAGGAGAAGAAACAGCUACGGAGGUGUAUGCGCCAUUAAGAGAAGUUUCAAUGUCUGAAGAAGCUUCAUACAGUCAAUUUGAUGACAAGGUCUUUGAUGCAUUGAAGUCGCAGAGUUACACUGAUUUGGGAGCUUGUUUAGGUUCUCCCUUUGCUGAUGACUUUGGUAAUGAACAAAAUGGAUUGCAUUUUCAAGAUGGUACAUCUGAACAGGAUGCAUCCCUGUCAGACCUAUUGGAAGGCCUUCAGAACCGGGGAGACUACAGCUGUGUUGUCACAAGUGAGAGCUUUAAUCCUGGGCGCAUUGAUGGUCAAGAACACACACCAUCUGCAAUAUGUAAGGUGAAUGAUUGUAAACUUCAUGGCGGUACAGAUAUGAAAAUGGUCCAACCACAGGGUCAACUAUGCCCAAGUUUUCCCCAAGAAGUGCCAUCUACUGAGAAUUCCCAACCCAACUAUGCUGUUGAAGAAGUCGAUUCAUCAGCCAAUACAGUUAGGCACUCGUGCUACAAACCGGUUGAGACAGUUUAUGAUACAAAUCCCAUAAAAAAUGAUCCUAUUCCUGUUAUUGAGACUGGAAUCAAGAUUCGAUUGCGUCAGCCACGAGAUCAACCUAGUUUUGAGAAACCUGCAAACCAGGGAACUGCUUCAAGAAGAAUCCGUCUGUGCACGGGUUGUGGACCAACAUCCAUAUCUUGCGAAAAGUCCAAGGGUGAAAAAGAUGAACCACAAUCACUUGUGAUGCAGGCUACCAAUGAUAUUGAUAGAACUUCCAACUGUCAGGAGUCGGAAGGUAGAAUUCUGUAUGAGAAUAAGAAGACUGCUGAAACACAUGAUCCAACACUAGCUGUGAAACCGGGCCUAGCCUCAAUUAAGUUAUCAGAGAAAUUGCCUGUUCACCGAUGUUCAGAUUAUUUGAAAGAGUAUGGUGUCAGCACAUAUCUAGUUAUAAUCAUGUCAGUAGUUUUUCUUGGGAUGUGGAUAUAUCCCAGCUUGCAUUCCGUGCAUGGUUGACAUGCAAGUCCAUCUCUUGUCUCUCAAUUUCAAAAACUUUGAUGACUUUGAGUUUGCUAUAUGGAAGCUGAGAAUACAUGUCCGACAGCAGUUAACCUGCUUAAGGUGGUUAGUGUCAAGCAUUCGGAGCACUUACAUAAUGAUCAGGACUGAGAAUACUGCAAUUGGCUAAAUUUUGCAGCUCUUAAGGUAUGAAGUUUUGUUCGUCUCUCUGUUGACAAAAUAUAUCAGAGAAGGUAAGGAAUAUACUGGGGCAGAGAAGCUGGAAACUAGGACUUUGUUUGGUUCUAUAGGUGUUAUUCUUUAUAUUUGGUUGAUAGAGAGAGAAAGAUGGUGACGUGUCUGCAUGCGAUAAUUACAUUAACACCCCUGACAUAUGGUCUGUUUAUAUAAAUCAUGUUUGCCUUUUGGAUAAUUACACAUACACCCACUAAAAAA